AGUCAGAAGAUGAUGUGGAAUAACCUCAUCCACACAAUAGUCUGCCUUGUUCUUAUUGGACUUGGAAUUGUGGGGAAUAUUUCAAUAUUUACGGGACAUAUAUAUACUUUUCUUAUGGGGCCUGAGAAGAAACCCAUAGACAUUAUCCUCACACACUUGGCAUUUUCAAAUAUGGUCAUUAUUUGUGCUGCAGUCGUCAGAGACACAGCCAUAAUUUUAUAUUUCAAGAACUUUCUAACAGAUGCUGGCUGUAAAAUUGUGUUUUUUCUGGGAAGGAUGGCUCGAGGCCUCUCCAUAUGCACCACCUGUCUCCUCAGCAUGGUCCAGGCUGUCACCAUCAAUCCCAGGAUGACCCUGUGGAGAAAACUCAAACCACAGACUGCAGGACAGGUUCUUCCUUAUGUUCUCUUCUUCUGGAUCUUUAAUUCUCUCAUAAGUUCAAGCAUGUUGUAUUAUACCACAGCAGUCAGUGUAACAAACAUAACUAUACUUAAUAUGUAUCAUAGGUAUUGCUAUAUGCUACCACCUGAUCAAAUAGUGAGGUGGCUUUUCCUCCUUCUCAUGGCUCUCCGUGAUGUCAUCUUCCAGAGUCUCAUGGGCUGGAGCAGUGCGUCCAUGGCUCUGCAUCUGUUUAAACAUCACAAGCGCGUCCUUUACCUUCAGAGCUCCAAAUAUGCAAACAAUUCCAGCCGAGAAAUCAGAGCAACACAGAGCACUCUCACUCUCAUGACCUGUUUCCUUUCCUUCUAUUGGGUAGAUUUCAUCUUCUCCUUCUACAUGGGUUCCAUGAUAACACAUGAUUUCACCAUUGUAGUAAUUAAAACUUUUCUACAAUUUGGUUAUGCUGUUCUCAGCCCCUUUGUCUUAAUCAGUAGAGAUGCCCAUGUUGUUAAAUACUGGAGUACUAAAUGA